AUGAGCCGGGAGCGCAGAACGUUGUGUCGUGGCUCGAGCGCAAACUUUCCGAGACUUAUAAAAGCCCGCUCUCUUGCAGGCUUCAACCUUCCUUUGGACAUCGCAGAAAUGGAUCUGCCAAAGACAGUUCGACGCAGUGCUGAAGGAGAGACUGAUCUUGGGAGCGUGACCUCGCAGAUCAGAGCCAUUCCCGCACCAGUCACCAUCGCAGCUACAACAACCUCGAAUACAUCAUCUACUACUGCACCUGAGCCCGCCGCACGAGGAACCUACUUCCGCUUCCUCGAUCUCCCACCAGAACUCCGCAAUCGCACCUACUCCUUCGCCUUCUCCUACGACCGCACCCAAGCUCGCAGUCUCGCAGACCUCAAGUUUCCAGGCAUCACCCAAGCAAAUGAACAGCUCCGGCAAGAAUGCCUCGCCUCCCUCUUCGUCGAAUCCAGCUUCUUCCUCUAUGUCGGAUCCCACCUUCGCGUCUGGGAAUAUGUUAGAAAGGAUCUCAAGCCGUUGAACCUUUUAGACAAGGAGUGA